AUGCUGAUAAAGCUAGCUAUAGUAACUGUAUUUGGUAUAUUGGGCACCGAUGCCUUUUUAUUCUGGUCGCCUCGAGCCCAACAAUUUAACACCAAGUUCAAUCUGUACACCCGGCGUAACCCAGCAGCUGAGCAAACUAGCGUUCAGCCCAGGGAUGACACCGAUGAACUGACCAAUUUCAAUAAUACCCUGAUCACUAAGUUGUAUGUCCACGGCUACGGUGUGGCGCCGGCUAAUAGCCUGUCGUCGGACAGCAUGAAGAAUGAGUGGUUAAAUGCCGGCGACUAUAAUGUGUUUAUUGUUGACUGGAGUGAAGGCAAUCAUGCAUUGUCUUACGAGCAGAGUAAGUCCGGCUUAGAUUUGGACAAGGUACAUAUUGUUGGACAUUCAUUGGGCGCACAUAUCUCUGGUCUGACCGGUAAAGCUUUCAAUGGACAAAUUGGUCGCAUAACUGGUCUCGACCCAGCUGGACCUGGCUUUAAUGGCAAACCUACGAGUGAUAAACUUAGUCCAUCAGAUGCUCAAUUCGUGGAUGCGAUACACACCGAUGCCGUCCCGUUGAUAGGGUUGGGUAUAAAUGAAAACUCCGGGCACAUUGACUUUUACCCAAAUGGUGGUAAUUUACACCAACCUGGCUGUUUUAUAAAUCGAGUCACCGAGGUGGUAGAUAACGGUCUAUUCACUGCUGUUGCCUGCAAUCACUUCCGCUCAGUUGAUCUGUUUGUGGCGAGUAUUAACCCAAACAACCCGAAAGGUGUGGCCACUCAGUGCCCGAACUUUGUGUCAUAUCUGGCCGGUGGGUGUAAUGUUGACACAAUGGAUAACAAUGUGUCACAUGCUAUAUUGGGUGAACAGGCUGUACUAUCUAAACCUUAUGAAAAGAGCACCAUUGGUCAUAAAUACUACCUGACCACUACUCUGUCGUACCCGUUUUUUCGUGGUUAAUUCCAAAUGAAUAUAAUAAAAUCUACAAUUUCUAUAAAGAAUUAAAUAUAUUAUAAUGAUUAAAAUAAAAUAAAUAUU